UCAGACAGCAAAAUUGACACUGGACAGAAAUGAAAAUUCUAAAGAAGCACGACAUCAAGAUACUCUCAUUGGUAUGCAUCGCCCUGGGGGCCUUUCUUUACACUCAGAUGUUACUGCUACCACUUAGUAGAAGCAGCCUCUCUGGACAAGCAAGACCACCUGAAACGAUUGGCACAGGAGGUCCGUCUACUGGGGAGGCGAAGAAGUUCCUCGUAAACACAAGUUCUUGUUCUAUUCCCGAUAUCGACCCUUUCGAUGCAAGUAUCAAACGAUUUUAUGCCAAAAAGGAUGGGCGACUUUGUCCCGACAUUCCUUCGUUCGUACAGAUACUCAAUCACUCCAUACCAACGAUUCAGGAAGCUAGAUUGCGGGACGUGUACGGGCUGAGUCGCAACAAUAUUAGCUGCACAUACCGCGAGAUCUAUCGCAAUGAGUCUGUGUCCGUGCCAGACGCAGUGCCGUUCUAUAAGGACACGGAACCACUUGUGUUUGACAUGCCUUUAAUUACGGAAUAUGGCCACAUCAAAUGUUUCACCCCUGGUGGUAGGAUGUUCCACGAAGAGUUCGUCCUCGUCCCCAUACUGAAGCCAACUGCUGAGAAGAGGUUGAAAGGAAUCGAGGUCAACUUCAACGAAGCGUUCCCACGGCUCAACGUCUUGGUGCUCGGAAUGGACUCGGUGUCCCGUAUUAACUUUAACCGACACUUACCCCGAUCUGGAAAAUUUGUUCGAGAUGUUUUGAGGGGGUUCGAGCUCUUCGGUUACAACAAGGUCGGCCGAAACUCCUUUCCCAAUCAGACGCCGCUUUUAACCGGGCUCUCCGCGGACGAGGCCAAAAGCAUGGCGACGAAUAAGUUCUUCGACGACCUGCCCUUCGUAUGGAAGGAAUACAAGAAGCAAGGGUACAGUACAUUGUUUCUCGAAGAAACGCCAAAGUACGGUUUGUACACGUGCGACGGCAAAGGUUUUAAACACUCCCCUACAGACUACUAUCCCAGGCAUGUCGUACAGGCAGUUGACAGGUCGUAUUUGAAGAGGUAUAAGUCUGUCACUUACUGCGUGGGACCCAAAUUGCCAAUGACACUAUAUUUAGAGUAUCUCCUGGGACUCAUCGAUACGUGGAAAGACCAACCAUUCUUUGCGUACGCGUGGAUGUCCGAGCUGGCACAUAAUGACCUCAACACUGCGGGACUCAGCGACUCUCCGUUCCUGGAUUUUCUCCGUGCCCUCUACGAUCGGGGUGUCCUUAAUAACACUGUGGUCGCAUUCAUGAGCGACCACGGACUACGCUUUGGAAGCUUCCGCAAUACGUACGUUGGCUGGUACGAAGACAACUUGCCGUUCGCCUUCCUGCUCUUUCCGGACUGGUUCCUCGAGAGGUAUCCACAGUACGCUAAGGCGCUUGAAACGAAUCAGAGAAGACUAACGACGCACUACGACAUGCAUGCUACUCUGCUUCAAAUGUGUGGCUUUACCAACAUGAAAAGGACGGACACGAAGCGUGGGCUCAGUUUGUUUUACGAAGUUCCCGAGAAUCGCACCUGUGCUGCUGCGUCCAUACCGGACCACUUGUGCACUUGUCUUCGGACAUCAACCCUUCCACGAGAUCAUCCCCUCGCGCAUCGACUUGCUAGCUUUGUCUUGAAUGAAGUGAACCGCCUAGUCCAGAAAGAGUUCAGCGAGAAAUGUGAGGGCUGGAGUUUAAAGGAUGUCGUCUCCGUAUAUCGUUUACAUGUGCGAGAUAACAGAGAACAUAAAGGAACAACUACCCAUUACCGAAUUAACAUUGCUGCUUUUCCAGGCGGACUUUUCGAAGCUGCUGUCAGCCACACCACUGACAGGAGCGAGUCAUCGUUCGCGAUGUCACGGGAACCAGAUCGGAUUGAUAUGUACGCAGCUCACGCUGAUUGUGUACGGGCAAAUGUGCUAGCGAAGUACUGUUACUGUAAGCUGUUGUAGAACCCAUUUUGGAGUGCAGAACUACCACGAGUGCUGUUAACAGGUAAAUAAUUUAGCAAUCACUUGCGACGGUCAGAUUCUUGAGAAAACCUGGGUCCUCAUCUGGGUCCUUGUGAACGAACUGCAAAAUGUGAAGAGAUGGACAACUGCGGCCAUCAGCGACGUCACAGUGGUCUGGGUAGGCCGGGAUGGGGUGUGGACCAAUUUCGGCCACUAGAGCAUGAUAUGAGGUGACAACCACUUUUUAGAAUGUGCAAAAAAAAAAGGAUAGGAAGAAAGUUAUGCAGCACAAGUGUACGAAGUUGGGAUAGUUUGUGGAGUAAAGAUUUCCAUUCGUUG